AUGUCUUACACUAGUGUGGCUCGUCUAUAUGCCAACGUUAAUCAGAACAUGCCUCGAGAAUAUUGGGAUUAUGAUAAUUUACAAGUUCAAUGGGGGGUACAAGAUAAUUAUGAGAUAGUACGUAAAAUUGGACGUGGAAAAUAUUCAGAAGUAUUUGAGGGAGUUAAUAUUAUGAAUAGUGAAAAGUGUGUCAUUAAAGUUCUUAAACCAGUAAAGAAGAAAAAGAUUAAACGAGAAAUUAAGAUCUUACAAAAUUUAGCGGGAGGACCAAAUAUCAUUUCACUUUUGGAUGUUGUGAGGGAUCCACAGUCUAAAACACCAUCUCUUAUUUUCGAAUAUGUAAAUAACACUGAUUUUAAAGUGUUAUAUCCAAAAUUUACGGAUUAUGAUGUUCGAUUCUAUAUUUAUGAACUUUUGAAGGCAUUGGAUUAUUGUCAUUCGAAAGGUAUUAUGCACAGGGAUGUUAAACCACAUAAUGUGAUGAUUGAUCAUGAAAAACGAAAAUUGAGGCUGAUAGAUUGGGGUUUAGCUGAAUUUUAUCAUCCAGGAACUGAAUACAAUGUACGAGUUGCUUCAAGAUACUUUAAAGGUCCCGAAUUAUUAGUGGACUUUCAAGAAUAUGAUUAUUCUCUUGAUAUGUGGAGUUUGGGAUGCAUGUUUGCCAGUAUGAUUUUUCGUAAAGAACCAUUUUUCCAUGGUCAUGAUAAUUAUGAUCAAUUGGUAAAAAUCGCAAAAGUGCUUGGAACAGAUGAACUUUUCACAUAUCUUGAUAAAUAUGACAUAGAGUUAGAUACUCAGUAUGAUGAUAUUUUGGGAAGGUACCCACGAAAACAGUGGAAUAAAUUUAUUACCAAUGAAAAUCAAAAAUUUGUUUCAAAAGAAGCAAUUGAUUUUCUUGACAAAUUGUUACGAUAUGAUCAUCAGGAACGAUUAACGCCUGUAGAAGCCAUGGAACACGCUUAUUUUGAAACCAAUUCUUUAAAUAAGGAUGAAGUAACUACUUCAGAAAUUAAAGAAUUAGAAUGUGGUAUAUUUAAAAGCAAAUCAAAUUACAAUAAUUUUGAAGCAUUACUUGAAUAUACUGAGCACGAAUCUCCUAUUGUUAUUCAUGCUUCUAUACACGCGCUUCAUAGAUCAUUCUUGCCUCUUCUUUCUAAAGGAGAGUUACAAAAACCAAAAAGAACAACAAAAAAAUCAAAAGCGGUUGUCAUGAUUUGGCUUCGUGAAAAUUAUGUGCGAUAUGUUAAUAAAUUAUGCUCUUUACUUGAACAUGAAGAACCUGCUUUACAAAUUCCUGCAUUAAACAUUCUUUUAGAUCUUCUUAAAACUGAAUCAACUUAUCUUACUGCAUCUUCAGGAUCUCAUCAUUUUUCAAAUAAUCAUUAUUAUCGAAUAGUGGAGGGACUUAUUGAUAAUGAAAAUUUUAAUGAACAAUUGAAGGAAGAAUUUUGUGAAAAAUAUUGGAAUAUUUAUGAUGAUUUAAGAUUUUAUUUUCUUAAAGAUGCUUCUGGAAAACCUAAAGAUAAAUCAGGACCUGUUUCAAAGAAAAAACGUAAAGAAGAAAAAAAACCAGAUGAUGCCAAAUUAAAUAAUUUAAUGGAGAAUACACUCUCUAUACUUGAAGGAUUACGAAAAAUUCCAACUAUUCCUUCAGAGAUUAAUAAUUUUUGGACAGUUCAUCCAGCUCCUGUAUUUUCUGAUUGUUGGUUGGCAUUAUUGAAAUUACCAAUGACACAAGAAUCAUACAAGAAGGUUCUUUUAAUUAUACAUAAAAAAAUAAUACCUCAUAUGUCACAACCAACAAUGUUAAUGGACUUUUUGACAGAAUCAUAUAAUGCUGGUGGGGCGAUUAGUAUCUUAGCACUUAAUGGUUUAUUUACUCUUAUCAGCGAACAUAACUUGGAUUAUCCUGAUUUCUAUAAAAACUUAUACAAUUUGUUUGAUAGAAAUUUGAUGCACGUGAAAUAUCGGGCCAGAUUUUUUCGUUUAGUGGAUCUUUUCUUAUCUUCUACGUAUGUUUCCCCAUUUAUUCUUAUUUUUUAUAUGAAAAUGUCACGUCUCUCUCUUACAAGUCCACCUCAUGGAAUUGUAAUAAUUAUACCAAUGAUUUAUAACCUCAUUAGAAGACAUCCAAGUUGUAUGGUUUUAAUACAUCAUCCACCUAAUUCAACAUCAUCCACAAGUGAUAAAACAGAUCCUUAUGAUUUUGAUGAACCUGAUCCCAUGAAAAGUAAUGCGAUAGACAGUUCUUUAUGGGAGAUGAAAACUUUGCAAAAUCAUUAUUUUCCAAAUAUCGCUACUUUGGCGAAAAUUUUCCAAGAGAAAUUUACAAAGACUUCAUAUAAUUUAGAAGAUUUCUUAGAUCAUACUUAUACUAGUUUAUUUGAAACUGAGACGAAACGUAAUAAGUCAAAAAAGAAUCCGAAGAAGCUUGCUCUGGCUUUUGAAAAGCCAAAACUCGUCUUUCCAGUGACCCGAAAAUCCUUCAAUAAUACAACUCCUAAAACACGUUUUCAUAUUAAAUCUCCUAAUUAUGAUGAAAAAAAAGAAAAAAAUAACCCAUCUCCUCCUCCAGCACAAAACCUUGAAAAACCUCCCGUUUCUGAUACUAUAGUACCUACUCCCAUGUCUACUGCUUUUCAUAAUAUGUUUGAUGAUACAUUUACAAGUUCUUGGACAAUGGUUAGAAAAGUGACAAAAAAUGGAUUUAUCACUACAAAUGAUUUAUAUAUAAGAGGACCCGUUAUAUUAUUAAAUGGGGAAAUAUUUUUAUGGGAUGUUCCUCAAGGUGUUGGAUUUGGACAUGGGAAGGAUAGAUUAGGUGGAGUAUUUAAUGAAUGGAAAGAAGAUUUUUUAAAAAUAUAUGAAAUUAUUACUCCAAAACCUGAACUUUUAAUUUUUGGAACGGGAAAAACCUUUGUUCCAAUUCCUUUAGAAAUUCGAAAUUAUAUUCAUAGAUUAGGAAUGCAAAUAGAUAGCUUGGAUACGGAUAAUGCUGUUUCAACUUUCAAUAUUUUAAUAGAGGAAGGUCGAAAUGUUUCUACUGCACUCUUACCAAUUCGUCCAACAAGUGCCCGUACUGGAAAACCUUUAAUAUAG